AUGCACGUUCAGGAUGGGUUCAAUUUGUCCGCGGUCGGUACUGGUUUGCCGGAUUCAGAAUUAGACUUGAACUCGGAUGCAUUUUGUGCUCUGCCUUUGCCGGCCCAGUUACGCGUGGUCCAACUGGCUCGGGAACAGUUAGACACACAGUUUUACCGGAAACGGGCCGGUCAGGUGGAUGAUGCCGAUCACCAUUGGUCUACAGAAAAUAUAUCCCAACAACAAAUCGGUCGUCUUUUGCUGCGACGCCGUUUGGCCGAACGUCACGAGCAUCUGUCUGCCCAGUUGACCCGUGAAGAGGCCGCAAGACAAGUAGCCCGUUUAAACAAUCCACAUUUGACAGCCACCUUAACAGCUCGAAUGGAACAGUUUCGUUCCGACCAUCAGGAAGGCGAUCCCGGUCAGGAGUUGUGUACUACCGCGUUACGGAUUCAGUCUCAAAGUACCGGGCAUUUGAUUCUAAUAAAAAAGUCCCCAUUGAAACCGGGGUUAGGCCAAGCGGGUCCGACUCGCACAAACUUAACUCUGGAAAGAGCGGAGAAUGCACAGUUGCAGUACGAAACAAGCCCCAUCAAAUCCGACGGGAAAUGUUCCGCUGAUUCCUCAGGAGAAGACUACUCCAGUUCUCAGUCUGGGGAUCCGGUUUCCAGAAACGUCGAAUCGAACAAUGCGAUCAGUUCACCUUCCCCUGCCCCUUCGCGCGUACUGUUCCAGUCGGAGUCAUCAUCCGCGGGAGAAUCAGAAAUGCAGAAAUCACUUGAAAUGCCUGAUUUGAACGAAAUACCUUUUGUUAGUGAAUUAGAAUCACCCACUGUUGCAGAUAGCGAAGCAUCUAUUAUGAAAGCGACCUCGGUGUUACAGACGCAGGAAAAAGACGAGCAACCUCGGGAUCUCUCUGUUAGUACUGACGUGCAGAAUACGCUCAAUCGAUCCGAAAAUGAAGAGAAACUGGAAUUAGAGAAUACUGAACGAACAAAAGAGCCACUAGCGAUAUCAGAAAUUUCGCAGGUUUCUGAAACGAAAGUAACUCAGGAAGUGAUUGCCGUGAAUAACGACGAGGAGGAUGACGAAGAUGAUGCAGAUUUUGUGGAUGUCCCGAUCCAAGAUAGUAUAGUUGCAGAUGUGAAUGACGAUUUGAACAUGAAGGAGAAGGAAGCGCAUCAGGUGGUCUCUUCUGAAAAUAGUUCUUCGUCUGAAGCGUCCGACUUAGAGUUGGCCUUGCUGAGCCAAGCGGAAAAAGAUUUGUCAUGUACCGAGAACUGGUUUGAAGAUGAAGAGUCGUUUGCCCUGGAUGACGAUGUUUUGCGGGAAGAGGCGGAUCGUCUCGCACGCCAAGCUCAGACAACCACUGCAAAAUGUGUCACAGAAGCUCAAGAUCUGAUACGUUUGUUUGGUAUGCCUUUUGUGGUCAGUCCCGAAGAAGCGGAGGCUCAGUGCGUCACCCUGCAGCGAACAGAUUCGGUCGAUCUUGUGGCCAGUGAUGAUUCGGACGUGUGGCCUUUCGGUGCUCGAUAUGUUUGUCGUCAUUUGUUUGGUGGUGCGGAUGAACCACGCUCGAAGCCCAAACACCGGUCGCCUUCGUGCUAUCGGAUCGAAGACGUCCGAACGUCUUUGGGUUUGGAUGUGGCCAACAUACUCCGUCUGGCCAUGUUAUGCGGAAGUGAUUACACACCAGGAAUUCGAAAUGUGGGUCCGGUGACUGCAGUAGAAAUUUUGAGCGAGUUCGUCCGACAAGCUCCGGAGCCGGAAGCUGAGGAUUCCGAGUGGACGAAAUGGCUUAGGGGCAUGGAUGCUCCGGAUCAUUUAGUCCAUUUAGUGAUUGAACCAUUAAAACAGUUUGUGUUAGUUUCUGAUUGGUGGCACAAUUCCGGUUCCAAUGGUCGUCAGAUUCAACCUUCCGGCGAAGUGAAUCUUGUCAAAAGUCCUGUUCGGCGGAAAUGGAUCAAUUUGCGUCCCCCUCCCGGUUUCCCGGACCCCAAAAUCGUCGAAGCUUAUCUGAGGCCAAAAGUGAACACGGAUUUGCACGCGUUCCAAUGGGAAACACCUAAUGUGGGCCUGCUGGUUAAAUAUCCUUUUUUCUUGAAACGUCAGCAGCAACGCUCACUUUCUGCGGCUCCAUUGACUGGACCUCAGCUGAUCACCCAUUAUUUCGCAAAAGCUGCGACUCCCACUAACUCUUCGUCAACCGAAGUUCCGGACGGAAAAUGUGAAGUCCCGGAUGAGGUAAGUCAGGUCUCAUAA